AUGGCGACAGCAGCCAAGGCGUGUAAUCUGCGCUUCCAUUGCGAAAGCAAGCCUGAUGCGUUGGGGCAGCCUAGUGGCCUAGUGGUCCCCUUCACGAGCGCUUCCUGGGAUAUCCGGUGCAGGGACGAAGUUCUCCGUGGCGUAUUCGGCGUGGGCUCAAGGGUCCAACAGCUCGUUCCGUCCGCAGCUGAACCGCGCUUCAACAUGGCGGCCAGCAAGGAAGAAGAUGUGCAGAUGAUGUUGGUCUGCAAGACCCACCUGGGAACUCGCAACGUGGACUACCGCAUGAAGCGCUACGUCUUCCGUCGCACGGUGGAUGGAAUUCACAUCAUCCACCUGGGGAAGACCUGGGAGAAGCUGCAGGCUGCCGCUCGGAUUAUUGUGGCCAUUGAGAACUCUCAGGACAUCAUCGUGGCGUCUCAGAGACCUUACGGAUCCCGCGCGGUCUUGAAGUUCAGCCAGUACACUGGAGCCAACCCCUUGGCCGGCCGAUGGACUCCAGGCACCCUGACCAACCAGAUCACCCAGAAGUAUUUGGAGCCCCGACUUCUGAUCGUCACGGACCCCCGCACCGAUCACCAGGCCAUUAAGGAAGCGGCAUAUGCCAGCAUUCCUGUGAUUGCGCUCUGUGACACCGACAGUCCCCUGGAGAAUGUGGAUGUGGCCAUCCCUGCCAACAACAAGGGAAAGGAGUCCAUCGCAUUGCUGUACUGGCUCCUGGCCCGUGAGGUCCUGUACCUCCGUGGUACCCUUCCCCGACAGCAGCCUUGGGAUGUCAUGGUGGAUUCGUUCUUCUGGCGUGAUCCUGAAGAGAUCAUGCAGCAGGAGGAGGAGCCUCCUGUGGUUCAUCAGCAAGAAUGGAGUGCACCUGCACAGGCUUGGGAUGGAGCAGGCGCCGGUGGCAACUGGGACGACAUGACCAACGCUGCGGGUGAUGGUUCUUGGGACGCUCCAGCGGGCGGCGAUGAUUGGAGCGCACCAGCGCAGACGCAGCAGGCCAGCUGGUAA